CAGCUGAGUGUUUGAUUAGAUAUUAGCAGCGGGUUCGUGUGAAACAGACGAGUUGACAGGACAAUUGACCAUGUUUACCCUUCAAUCGCAACUUCCAUCCGUUUACAGCACCUCACCCUCCACUAGAGCUCACUCACGUACAACCGAUGUCUCUCUGUCGCUCCCUAAACCUCAUUUUGGUCGUGCACUUCGGUGCUCGACAAUUGCUACCGGCAACCGAGCUGGACGGUUAAGAUCCAUUCGUUGUCAAUCUGCUCUGGAUCCUAACUUGAAGGCUACGCUGGAUAAGGUUGUCACAUCACAAAAAAUCGUGCUGUUCAUGAAGGGAACCAAGGAUUUUCCACAAUGCGGAUUCUCAAAUACAGUGGUUUCGAUAUUAAAAUCCCUAAAUGCACCCUUCGAGACAAUAAAUAUCCUUGAAAAUGAAGCACUUCGUCAAGGAUUAAAGGAAUAUUCCUGUUGGCCAACGUUUCCACAACUCUACAUUGAUGGGGAGUUCUUUGGUGGCUGUGACAUUACUGUAGAGGCUUACAAGAGCGGCGAAUUGCAAGAAUUGCUGGAAAGGACGAUAUGCUCCUGAUGGAUUCAGAUGUAAUAAUCCCGUUCUGAAUAGUUAUGGACUAUCAGGUGUCUCUUAUUCUUUCUGCAGAUGAUAAGAAUAUACUCUUAUGUUUAUUUCCUCUUCAACGACUGGACUUUAAGACAUGAAUACAUCUUGGAAAAUACAGUUUUUCAAUUGUCUCUA